CUCAGUAUUAAGCGGAAGUCAGCGUGCGUAUCCAUGCAAGCACUCACUUGAGAAUCUCUCACAUACAUCUCCAUGGACAAGUUAAGGCACCACAGUCGAUACGCAUCCUCCCUCCCCGCAGCACUCACUCACUGGCUGAGUGUCCUCCUCGCCCUCCCUCCCCGACCACCAUUGCUCGCAUGCUGGCCUCUCACCACGUUCCGCCCCCCUGGCCUUCUCCCUUUAUCCAUGAUGGUUUGUGACGUCAUCGCCAACACACCUGUCCUCUUGUCCAUCUUUUCGUGAUUUGUGUCGAGUGAGGGCAGGGAGGGGAGGGACUCAUAUGGGGGCUGGGAGGAGACGGGGCGAGAUGAUGAGGGUGGUGCCGGUUUGGCUGCUCUGUCUUGGUGGUGCCUCGUGUCGAACGGAGACACGUCGUAUAGGAAGUCUGGGCGUGCAGCCUGUGCUGCUGCUGCUGCUGCUGCUUGUGGUGCCUGUGGUGGUGGGGCCAGAAGAGAGUGACCUUCUUCUCUCAGGAACUCUUCAAGCAUGCCGUGGAUGGGCGUGUCAUAAUGGAAAGGGUCCCUGCAGCGCGUCAGCUGUCGUAGUUUCGCCUUCAGCUCACGAUUCUCCUGCAUGUCGACAGGACACAAUCAGAACAGCAGUGACUUCCACAUCAUUCUGUUUUGCCCUGCUCCUUGCCUGUGUCAGCUCAUCGCAGAGCCGCAUGUGGUACAUCAGCCCUUCACGCGCAGACGCCACAGCCUGCCAAAUGUCCCCAUUACCAAUGCCGUCUGGCCAUUUCUGUCUGAACGUCGGCGGCUGUUGCCUCGAUGCGGGAACAGGAGAGGGAAAGAACGGCUGUAUCCUUGUCUGUGGCCGCGGGGGCCUCCGUUGCUGCUGCUGCUGCUGCUGCUGCUGCGGUCUGCCAGUCUGCUUUGCGUCGGCGAGGAUUGAGUGGAGGUGUUUGAUGAUGUCCAAGAGGGUCGGAACUUGGGAAGGUGGGAGGGAGAAAGCCAGGUCGUAGAGAAGCAAAAUAACCUGGGAGAUGGUCGAUGGUUCAGCAGACCGGCCGCUGAGCCGAGCUGAAAGACACACAUGCAGACAGGGAGACAUGCACGUGGCGUGUCAGGCUCUGUCUGCCCACCUAAUGCCUCAAUGCCGGCGAUCAGGUCACCGAUAGGAGGCUCCUCACGCACGUCGCGCGACAGCAGCAUCCCCUUUGGCUGGCCCCCAUCGCGUGUCGGCUCGAUGAGGCCAUGCAAGUCUUCCAGGAAUCGCUCGAGGGUUGUCACAUUAUCCGUGUCUACAUCAUCUGCAGUUGCGCCGUGCACGGGGCUCACUUUGGCGGUGAACAACGCCCAGUAGCGUCGACAAAGGGCACUGCAUCCACGAGACACACACAAACAAUCACCCACCUUUCUGUUUAUCGUCUGUUUAUCGUGUAUAUCUCACACGAUUGCUGCCAGCAGCGUCAAAGGAGACGGCCCCUCUUCUCUUGACACUGCCUCCUGUCCCGCCUUCUCAGUCGGUUGCCGGCUGCCAUCAUACACGGUCAGGGCAUCACUCGGUGAGCGCCCCUCCCUCUCCCCAACAGGCGAAAGGCCCUGCCCAUUUGGCGACCGGCUUACAUCUUGAGAGGGCGACACGAACAGCAGAAGGACACGGUCAUCUGCGUGCUGUGGCGAGAUGGGGAGAUGGGGAGACUCUGAGGGAUCCGCAACAGCUACUGCAGCAGCAGCAGGAUCAUGCCUCUUGUCUUCGUGGUCCGGCGGUUCUGCUGCCGUCACUGCCGCAGCAAUGAGAGGAUGACCAGACUGGGUGUCCGGCGAGGUGGUUUCCUUUGUGUCCGCGCCGUCAUCGUCAUCCGUGUGGUGGUCCUGCUGGAGGAACGCCUGUCGUCCAAGCCAUCCGAGGGGACCGGAAGCAUGUGCUGCCUCUGCUGGAGCAGAAUCCAUAAUUGUCGGUCACUGCGACUGGGGCGGCAGUCUGCCA